AUGUUUGCUCGCAACUUUUCAAAUGCCUCAGCACUCCGAGCUGCUGCCAAACCAGGCACGGCGGAGGUAUCUUCCAUCCUUGAAGACCGUAUUUUAUCGGCCUCAAGUGGCAUGGACAUUCAAGAAACCGGCCGUGUAUUGUCUAUUGGUGACGGUAUUGCUCGUGUCUAUGGUCUGAAAAACGUCCAAGCCGAGGAGAUGGUUGAAUUCUCCUCUGGUUUGAAGGGAAUGGCUCUAAAUUUGGAACCCGACAAUGUCGGUAUUGUCGUCUUUGGUAAUGAUCGUCUCAUCAAGGAAGGCGACAUCGUUAAGAGAACAGGUGCUAUCGUUGACGUACCCGUCGGUGCUGGUCUCCUUGGUCGUGUCGUCGACGCUCUGGGUAACCCCAUUGACGGUAAAGGUCCUCUCGUUGACGUUACCCGUCAACGUGUCUCCGUCAAGGCCCCUGGUAUCAUUCCUAGACAAUCCGUCCGUGAACCUAUGCAAACUGGUAUAAAAUGUAUUGACUCCAUGGUCCCAAUUGGUCGUGGUCAACGUGAACUGAUUAUUGGUGAUCGUCAAACUGGUAAAACCGCCGUCGCUUUGGAUACCAUCAUCAACCAAAAGAAGUGGAACAUUGGCAGUGACGAAUCCAAGAAAUUGUACUGUGUCUACGUUGCUAUUGGUCAAAAGCGAUCCACCGUCGCUCAAUUCGUGCAAACUUUGGAAGAAUCUGACGCGAUGAAGUACUCCAUUGUAGUUGCUGCCACUGCUUCCGAUGCCGCUCCAUUGCAAUACCUUGCUCCAUACUCUGGUUGUGCUAUGGGUGAAUACUUCCGUGACAAUGGUAAACACGCUUUGAUCAUCUACGAUGACUUGUCUAAGCAAGCCGUAGCAUACCGUCAAAUGUCUCUAUUGCUCCGUCGUCCACCAGGUCGUGAAGCUUACCCCGGUGACGUCUUCUAUCUCCACUCUCGUCUACUUGAACGAGCUGCCAAGAUGAACAUUAAGCUGGGUGGUGGUUCAUUGACUGCUCUCCCAGUCAUUGAAACCCAAGGUGGUGAUGUGUCUGCUUAUAUCCCAACCAACGUCAUUUCCAUUACCGAUGGACAAAUCUUCUUGGAAGCUGAACUCUUCUUCAAGGGUAUCCGACCUGCUAUUAACGUCGGUCUCUCUGUAUCUCGUGUCGGUUCCGCUGCUCAAGUCCGUGCCAUGAAGCAAGUCGCUGGUUCUCUAAAGCUUUUCUUGGCUCAAUACCGUGAAGUCGCUGCUUUCGCUCAAUUCGGUUCCGACUUGGAUGCUUCCACUCAAUUCUUGUUAAACCGUGGUUCUCGUCUGACGGAGUUAUUGAAACAAGUUCAAUACAAGCCCUUGUCUGUUGAACAUAUGGUUGUUGUCAUCUACGCUGGUGUGAAUGGUUACUUGGACAAGGUCCCAGUAAACCGAGUAACUGCCUUUGAAGCUGGUGUCAUUCCAUACGUCCAAGCCAACGCUGCUGAUAUCUUUGAAUCCAUCCGAAAGGAAUCAAAGAUUAACGAUGAUAUUGAAAAGAAGAUUAAAGUAGUAUUGGCAGACUUUGCUAAGAGUUUCCAGUAG